CUAGUACUAAUGAUACCGUCGCUUGUUCAUCUGUGGCAACCAGGGGCCAGACGUCUGUUAGGUCGAGAGGACAAGGGCAAGCGUGAGAGAGAAGAGUGAGAGAGAAGAAGAAGAAGCUGCAGAAAGUCAGGAAACUAUCCACAGUUAAUCCAGCUGUCCGACGUUAAGGACAACAAGUAGUUAAAUAUCGGGGGGAAACAGAAAUUGACGGCACAAUGAUGACAAUGACCCAGGUGGAGACCACGGUGCACUAUGACAACGGCUACGAGGAUGAGUACAUGCUACAGGAGGAUGAGUGGGACCGGGACAUGCUGCUGGACCCGGCCUGGGAACAGCAGCAGAGGAAAACCUUCACAGCCUGGUGUAACUCCCACCUGAGGAAAGCUGGUACUCAAAUUGAAAAUAUUGAGGAGGACUUCAGGAAUGGACUAAAACUGAUGCUGCUUCUGGAGGUUAUCUCAGGUGAGAGGUUACCCAAGCCAGACAGAGGGAAGAUGCGGUUUCAUAAGAUUGCAAAUGUCAACAAAGCGCUGGAGUUCAUCACAAGCAAAGGAGUGAAACUGGUCUCCAUUGGAGCUGAAGAGAUUGUGGACGGGAAUGUAAAGAUGACUCUUGGAAUGAUCUGGACUAUCAUCCUCCGCUUCGCCAUUCAGGACAUUUCUGUGGAAGAAACAUCUGCCAAAGAAGGUCUUCUGCUGUGGUGUCAGAGAAAGACUGCCCCCUACAGGAAUGUCAAUGUCCAAAACUUCCAUGUCAGCUGGAAGGAUGGCCUGGCCUUCUGCGCCCUGAUUCAUAGACACAGACCCGACCUCCUCGACUACUCUAAGCUCAACAAGGAUGAUCCUCUGGGGAACCUGAACCUGGCUUUUGACAUAGCCGAGAAACACCUGGACAUUCCCAAAAUGCUGGACGCAGAAGAUAUCAUCAACACCCCCAAGCCCGAUGAAAGAGCUAUCAUGACCUACGUGUCCUGUUUUUACCAUGCUUUUGCUGGAGCUGAGCAGGCAGAGACGGCUGCCAACAGGAUCUGCAAGGUGCUCGGAGUAAACCAGGAGAAUGAGAAAAUGAUGGAGGAGUAUGAGAGACUGGCCAGUGAGCUACUGGAGUGGAUCCGCCGCACCACUCCCUGGCUGGAGAACCGGACCCCAGAGAAGACCAUGGCAGAGAUGCAGAGGAAGCUGGAGGACUUCAGAGACUACAGACGCCAGCACAAACCCCCUAAGGUGCAAGAGAAGUGCCAGCUGGAAAUCAACUUCAACACCCUGCAGACCAAGUUGCGCAUCAGCAACCGGCCUGCCUUCAUGCCCUCUGAGGGGAAGAUGGUGUCUGACAUAGCCAGUGCGUGGCAGGGCCUGGAGCAGGCAGAGAAAGGCUACGAGGAGUGGCUGCUUACAGAGAUCCGUAGGCUCGAGAGGCUGGACCACCUGGCUGAGAAGUUUCGUCAAAAAGCCACCAACCAUGAGAACUGGGCCAGCGGUAAAGAACUGAUCCUCUCCCAGAAGGACUAUGAAACAGCCACCCUGAUAGAAAUCAGAGCACUGCUUCGAAAACACGAGGCCUUCGAGAGCGACUUGGCAGCCCACCAGGACAGAGUGGAGCAGAUUGCAGCCAUUGCACAGGAACUAAAUGAGUUGGAUUACCACGAUGUGGCUGCUGUGAACCAACGCUGCCAGAGUAUCUGUGACUUGUGGGACAAGCUGGGAACACUGACUCAGAAGAGGAGAGAGUCACUGGAGCGGACAGAGAAGCUGCUGGAGACUAUUGAUCAGUUGUUCUUGGAGUUUGCCAAGAGGUCGGCUCCUUUCAACAACUGGAUGGAAGGAGCCAUGGAGGAUCUGCAGGACAUGUUCAUAGUGCAUACUACUGAAGAAGUCCAGAGUCUCAUCUCAGCUCACGAGCAGUUCAAAGCUACUCUACCUGAGGCGGAUGCAGAGAGACAGGCCAUCAUGGGAAUUCACAGUGAGGUGCAGAAAAUUUCCCAGAGCUAUGGGAUCAAGGCCAGCAUUAUCAACCCGUACAGCACCAUCACAAUUGAAGAGCUUCUCAACAAGUGGGAAAAGGUGAAGAUGCUGGUUCCUCAGAGAGAUGGUGCCCUCCAGGAGGAGAUGGCACGCCAGCAUGCCCAUGAAAGGCUGAGACGUCAGUUUGCUGCCCAGGCUAAUCUCAUUGGACCUUGGAUACAGGCCAGGAUGGAGGAAAUCGGGCGAUGCUCUCUGGAGAUAGGAGGCACCCUGGAGGACCAGAUGACCCAGCUGAAGCAGUUUGAGCAUGUCAUUGUUGCUUACAAGCCCAACAUCGACAAGUUGGAGGGAGACCACCAGCUGAUCCAAGAGUCACUAGUGUUCGACAACAAACAUACCAACUACACUAUGGAGCACAUCCGCGUCGGGUGGGAGCUGCUCCUCACAACCAUCGCCCGAACCAUCAACGAGAUUGAGACCCAGAUCUUGACCCGGGAUGCCAAAGGAAUCAGCCAGCAACAGAUGAAUGAGUUCAGAUCUUCUUUCAACCACUUUGACAGGAAGAAGAACGGAGCAAUGGAGACUGAUGACUUCAGAGCCUGCCUCAUCUCUAUGGGUUAUGACUUGGGAGAGGUGGAAUUCGCCCGUAUAAUGCUGCUGGUGGACCCCAAUGCUACAGGAAUUGUCUCUUUCCAGUCUUUCAUUGACUUCAUGACCAGAGAGACUGCUGACACAGACACUGCCGAGCAGGUUGUGGCAUCCUUCCGGAUCCUGGCAACUGACAAGCCCUACAUACUAGUGGAGGAGCUGAGGAGAGAACUCCCCCCUGAGCAAGCCGAGUAUUGCAUCAUGAGGAUGCCGCCUUACAAAGUCCCUGGAGCGCCACCAGGGGCACUGGACUACACUGCCUUCUCCACCGCCCUCUAUGGAGAGAGCGACCUUUAACCAACUAGAAAACCUUUCAUUUACUGACCGUUUACCUAACCCCACCCCACCCCGUGCCUUCCAUCUCAUGAUGAAUUUAAGGAUCUAUAAAGAAGGUUAGAUCAAAUAUGUUGAAUGAAAUGUGUUUGUGACCAUAUCAGGUUUUUGUUCAUUAAUUUUCUGAAGCAUUAGACCAUCCACAAUCAUAUUGAGCAUUGUCAUGUGUCUCUUCUUGUGUCUUCUUGGAUUUAAGAUGUCCCCUAAACUAAUAGACAUCACCAUGUUCAAAUUAUUUUGUGAGAAACAACGCACUGUGCAUUUUAUCUUGUGUGGCAUGGUACUUGUGCUCUGUGAUGAAAGUAAAACUAGAAGAGAAAUUUACUCCAUCAGAAAUACUUAAUACGACAAAUGGAUUUCCAGUUAAGUUGUUUUUCAUAUUUCCUUGUACUGCCUUUUAUUUUAGGAAUGCGGACUUCUGACUUGGUGUUUUGAGAAGGGAAUUGCAAAAGCAAUUUCAGACCUACUGCCAUUCAACAAUAAACUGUAGAAAAUGGGUUCCCAAAAGGCCAAAAAUAUACAGAACCGACAGAGGCACGGGGUGAAACCACAUGAACGCAAAAGUAAACUUUUACAAUCUCUCAGCGAGUUAAAGGCAGGGAACACGGAAGACUGAAUGUGCAGUAUGCAUGAGUAAUGUGUUUAAAGAUAGAACAAUUAAGAUAAAGGCAUCAACAAAUACACUGAUGCUUCCGUGUGCCUAGAAAAUAAGUACAAUAAACUC